GCUGUUUUUGGAUUUCUAUUUCGGAGGUCCGCGGUGCAUCCUCUAUCAGUUACGUAGGCGCAUCGCUCAGGUAGUUACUUACGCGACAAUGCGUGGUCGACACACGCUGCGCUCUUCCACAUGCAACCUCGUGAACUAAAUAAACUUCUUCUGCAUCAGCUUGGAAGUUUGGCGCAGAAACGUCUCUGUAGAGGAGUCAAGUUAAACAAACUAGAAGCUACUUCACUCAUUGCCUCGCAAAUUCAAGAAUUCAUCCGAGAUGGCAGACAUACUGUGGCCGAAUUGAUGGAUAUCGGCAGACAAAUGCUCGGCCGGAGACACGUUCAGCCUUAUGUCGUGAGUUCUCUACAUGAAAUUAUGAUUGAAGCCACAUUCCCUGACGGGUCUUACUUGGUAACAAUUCACCAGCCCAUUUGCUCUGAUGAUGGUAAUUUGGAAAACGCUUUGUACGGCAGUUUUCUUCCUGUCCCCGACAAUUCGUUGUUCGCAAUGGAGGAGGAGGCUCUUUAUUCCCCCGAGAGUGCACCUGGUUAUGUUGAAGUGAUGGAGGGAGACAUUGUACUUUCUAGAGAUCUUCCUCGUAUAAACUUGACAGUUUCCAAUCUUGGUGAUCGUCCCAUUCAAGUAGGAUCACAUUAUCAUUUCAUCGAAACAAAUCCCUACCUUCAGUUUGAUCGUAAGAAGGCGUACGGAAAACGUCUUGACAUCCCUUCUGGUACCGCUAUCCGUUUUGAGCCUGGAGCUACGAAGCGUGUAACCUUGGUGCCAAUAAGUGGUCAUCGCAUUAUAAAGGGUGGAAAUGCACUUGCUUCUGGCCCUGUGGAUCCCUCUCGCAUUGACGAAAUUAUGGAAAAUGUUUCUAAGGAAGGCUUCCUGCACAAGCCAGAGGCCGAUUCCCCGACAGCAACACCUCCUAAACCGUUCACAAUUCCUCGUCAACUUUAUGCUACCAUGUACGGCCCCACCAGAGGCGAUAUUGUUCGUCUCGGUGACACCGCUCUCCGUGUAUGUAUUGAACACGAUUUUACGGAUUAUGGUAAUGAGUCUGUUUUUGGAGGUGGAAAGGUUAUACGUGAUGGAAUGGGACAAGCCAGUGGAAAGAGUGCGUCUGAAUGUUUGUCAACUGUGUUGACAAAUGCCGUUGUCAUCGAUUCCACCGGUAUUUACAAGGCAGACAUUGGAAUCAAGGAUGGUUUUAUUGUCGGCAUUGGAAAAGCUGGUAACCCCGAUACAAUGGAUGACAUCUCACCCAAUAUGACUAUAGGAUCGGCUACAGACGUGAUUUCAGCUGAAAAUAAGAUUGUUACGUACGGUGGUAUGGAUUCUCAUGUGCACUUCAUCUGUCCACAGCAGGCGGAAGAGGCACUUGCUUCUGGUAUUACGACCAUGUAUGGAGGCGGCACUGGUCCCAGUACGGGAACGAACGCUACUACCUGCACUCCGAAUGCCGAUUUAGCGCGCGCAAUGUUUCAAGCAACCGAUACGUUGCCAGUGAACAUUGGCUUGACGGGCAAGGGUAAUGACUCAGGUCAUCGUUCUUUACGGGAACAAAUUGAAGCUGGAAUGAGUGGUAUGAAGCUACAUGAAGAUUGGGGCGCUACUCCGGCGGCGAUUGACUCUUGUUUAAAGAUUUGUGAUGAGUAUGAUGUGCAGUGUCUAAUUCAUACUGACACGUUGAACGAAUCAUCAUUCGUUGAAGGAACUGCGAAAGCCUUCAAGGGAAGAACUAUUCAUACAUAUCAUGUUGAGGGUGCUGGCGGUGGUCAUGCACCCGACAUCAUUUCUCUCGUUCAAAACCCCAAUGUCUUGCCUUCGAGUACAAACCCUACGCGUCCAUUUACUUGUAACACACUUGAUGAACAUCUUGAUAUGCUUAUGGUGUGCCAUCAUUUAUCUAAAAAUAUUCCUGAAGAUGUGGCUUUUGCCGAAUCACGCAUUCGUGCUGAAACAAUCGCCGCUGAAGAUGUACUUCAUGACUUGGGUGCGAUUUCCAUGAUUAGUUCCGAUUCUCAAGCCAUGGGUCGUUGUGGUGAAGUUAUCUCGAGAACUUGGAAAACAGCACAUAAAAACAAAAUCCAGCGUGGGUUCUUGCCUGAAGAUGAAGGUACUGGGGUUGAUAACUUCCGCGUGAAACGAUAUAUCUCCAAGUACACGAUUAACCCUGCCAUUGCUCAUGGCAUGUCCGAAAUCAUUGGAAGUGUCGAAGUUGGUAAGUUUGCUGAUCUUGUUCUCUGGGACUUUGCUGAUUUUGGCGCUCGUCCAAACAUGAUCAUAAAGGGGGGAGUCAUUGCGAUGGCUGCAAUGGGUGACCCGAACGCUUCCAUUCCUACCGUUUCUCCCAUCCAAACCUUAAAGAUGUUUGGUGCUCUUGCUCCUCAGGCAAGUAUCGUGUUUGCUUCAAAACAUUCUGUUGAAAACGGAGUUAUGGAUACUUAUGGCCUUAAGAAGCGCGUUUAUCCCGUUUCCUCGACAAGAAACAUUGGCAAGAAGGAUAUGGUAUACAACACGUACCAACCCUCUAUGCAUGUUGAUCCCGAGUCUUACAUCGUUAAGGCUGACAAUAAAUUAAUGACUGCGGAACCGUCCAAGACGCUUCCUUUGACGCAAGGAUACUUUUAUUUUUAAAUUCUUAAAUAAUACAAACAGUAGAAGUAUAUCGUGUAACAGUUGAUGUUAUUUUAUUAAUUGCUUGGUUAAUUUCACUUAGUAUCUUUCAUUUACCUGAAUUUUCUUUCGUCGUUGUUUUCUGUUUUCUCCUUACAACUAGACCUCGGUAAUUAAAUUA